AUGGAUUGUGUUGGGCUGGCUGUGGAGUGGGAAGCCAAUGUUGAACUACGGGACCGUAUUCGAGAGGACAAACGCGUCCUGGUUUACAAUGAUGCUGACAAGUGGUGCAAGCCCACUCGAAACAAUGCAGUGGCCAAUGCUAUGGUGGUACUUCCAGUGUUGAAGCGGCUUGGAAAACAUGAAACCAAGACCCUCCCACACCUUGAUGACCUGAUUGUUGAAGUCACUACAUUGUUCCAAACAUGUGGAUUGGGAUUGGGGAACAAGAUGCCCUACAAGACUAGCAAUGAGAUCAAGAAACUUGCUGGCUUUGUCAAACGUCGCAGUUACAGGAAGGAAGUCACCAAGGAUCCAGAGUUCCAUGAACUCAUCUUGGAGUAUGAUCCGACCAUGAAGGAGGUCAUUGAUGCCUACCUAGCAAAAUGCCGUCGGUCCAAGUCGAGUGCUUCAAGUGCUUCUUUGGGAGACUCUGGGGGGGGCUCUGAUGGGGAGAACUCUGAGGAUGCGGAUGCUGAUGCUGACCCGGAAUCCCAGCAAGAGUUUGUUGACUUCAAAAAAUGGUUGGAUGAGAAGAUGCCUGGUGGUUCUGAGGAUGCCCCACCCAAGUCGAUUGAGAAACCCAAAGCCUGUUUGAAGUGUGGUGCUACUUCCUGUGAUUGUACUCAGGUUGCUUCCAAGCUGAAGGCUGCUCGUGAGCAGAUUGCUCAAAGGUUGGCUGAGCUCCGGAAGAAGAGGGAAGAGAGUGGCCCUCCGAAGAAGCGCCAAUGCUUUGAUCAACAGGGUGACAAAGGUCCUACUUUGCCUGCCAUGAAGGCAGCAAUGGUUGCAAGGGAUACGGAUGAAACCCAACCCCUUGAAGCGGAAGUUUUUGGUGACAUUGGUGCCUUUGACCUUGCUAUGCCCAUUGAUGAAGAGCAAGAGGAUGAACCUGGUAUGGAUGAUGCAAUCAAUACUGCUAAUGCUGAGAUUGCCGAACCCCAACUGAAGGUUUUGACUCGUAGAGAUCAGCUGAGCAUGAAGGAGAACAAGGAGAAGCAGAAGCUAGCGGAAAAGGAGAAGAAGGAGAAGCAGAAGCUAGCGCAGAAGGAGGAGAAGGAGAAGCAGAAGCUAGCGCAGAAGGAGGAGAAGGAGAAGCGAAAGCUAGCUGACAAGGAGGCAAAGGCUUUGGCGAAGCAGAAGGCGAAGGAGGAGAAAAAGGCAACGGCCAAGGCAAAAGGGAAAGCUAAGGCUGCAGCUGCCAAGCCGGAGACAACGGAUGAGAGUGAAGAGGAAGUUGAGAAAAAUGUAGGUGGAAGGAAGCCUACAAAGCUUCAGAAACCAACGGAGGAGGCUGCUGAGAAGGAGGAAGAUGAAGAGCCAAGAGGCAAAAAGCCCAAGGUGAUGGCUGAGAAGAAGGAGAAGGCUGUCCCGAAGAGAAAAGCAAAGGCCAAAGCUGCAGCCAAAGCCAAAGAUGAUAAGAUGGUGACACCCAAGAAAAAAUUGUUCUCCAGUGAGAGUGACAGUGAUGAUGAAGCUGGAGAUGAUGGUGAAUGCCCUGAUGGAAAGCCAGGAGACGCUGCAAAGGUCAAGGAAGCCUUGGAGAGGUGCGCACCUGAGGCCCACAAGAAGAAGAAGAAGAAGGGAGGAGUGAAUUCCCAGGAGGCGGAGUCAGCAUGCAAAGCUUCUGAGAAACCCAAGGGGAAGACCGCAAAAGUCAACCUUUCGCCCUUCGCCAAGAAGGAAAGAGCCCGGAGAAAGAAAACUGAGAAGGCUAUCAUGCAUCAGGGACCUGAGGAGGAUACGAUGAUCCAAGCCUUGUGUUUGCAACACAUGCGGAAUGUGGAAAAUAUGAAGUAUGAGGAGGUGAAAGACUACUUGCGGGAGAAGUUGACCAACAAGCAUGCAAAGGAGUUCAAGCUGGACGAAUAUUGGGGAGGACAGCUUGUGGUGUCAAAGUCCCUGAGCUCGGUGAUGGCACUGCGAGAAAAGCCCCCCAGAUUGCCUACUUCAAGCCAUAUGGCACAUCGCCAACUGGAUGGAAUUUUGGCAUGGUCCUGGUAUACGUCUCAGCUUCUUUGA